AUGGUGGAUGGCAUCUGGACGUCGGCGACAGCCGUGCAUGUGCUCAGCACCGACGACGGCCUGGCGGAGUUUGACGAAGCCUUCGUCGACCCCGCCAAACGCGCCCUUCUGCGUGAUAUCAAGUUUGAAGUAGUGUUGCCCGAGAUUAGCAUCAAGAGGCUCAAGAAGGUGCAGAGUAAUGCCGAGGCCGCCGCCAAUGACGCCGCCUUCACCCGCGCCAUCUCCGACUUCCUGGGCAGACUGGCCAGAUGGGAGGCUCGCGAUGACGGCGCCAGCCUUAGUCUGACCAUCACGGCCGAGUCGCCCACUCACAAGAAGAGGAAAGAGUUGGUGGAAAACGGGACGCUAACCAACUCACACAAUUCGUUUGGCCCGUCCAUCUGGGAAAUCAGAAAUAUGGACCGUAUGCUCCGCUUUGAAGCCGGCAACCCUCCGCAACUGCCAGAAGUGCCGUGCAUCACCAAGCUCUGCUGUGUUGAAUACCUCUGCCCCCGGAGCCUGCACCCUGGCGUUCAGGUAGCCAUCUCCAACGCCUGCGUGGCUGCGAGCGUCGUCGAGUGGGAUCUGUGUUUGCCGGGGCGCCGUACCAUGCCGGCGCGCGUCCGGGAGCGGGCAGCCCUCGCACAGGCCUUGCGAGACGCGAAGCUUGCCAAUGUCACAGAGCUCAUGCUUACCCUGAACGACAACGACCCCAUGAACGAGGCAUUUGAGCUAGACAGCCUCCUGGAGCAGCACGACGACCUCGACAGCCUCAGCCUGGGCGUGCGGCACAUUGCACAGCUUCCGAUGCUUCGCAAGCUGGAACUGAGAGGUACCUGGAUCUUAUCCCCCGUCGCAUUUGGCCCUCAUCCGGAACUGCCGGAUGUGCACUGCUCUUUGCUGGAGGAGAUCGUGGUCGAUGUCUCCAUGUGUACCCCGGACGGAAGGUAUUUAAUGAUGGGUGAUCCAGAAGACGCAGGUGAGGACGAUGGUUACUAUGAGUCUGGCGAAGAGCCGCCCCCAGCUCCCUUUGAUUCGGACGACUCGGACACGUCGGACUGGGCGCCUGAAUUCGCAUGGGGCAAGGAAGAAGGCGAUAUUCCGGUAGUCAUGUUCCGUACGACGCCCAACGAUGAGACCUUUGUCCCCAUCUGGAAAUCCUUUGCCAGGGCUGCCAGGUGCUCCAUGCCGAAGCUGCGGAACAUGACCAUCAAUUUUGGGACUGGGGCUAGCCACGCACCCUCCGAGGCACAGUAUUACACCGCCGGCGCGCCGGCCACUUAUUUUGACUCUUACCCAAGCUGCACGGAAUUCAGUAGAGAGCACGCGCGGGAACCGCGAUGGUAUUUUACAUCCCACGAGGACUUUGACAAGUCAUGGCGGCCGCCUCAGGGGCUGAGGGACGAGCUCGAGGGCCCCGACGAGGAUGGGAGAAAGCGGCAUGUUUAUUGGUGGGUGAAAAUGGAGAGGAUCGAAAUAUAG